AUGCCUUUCGUGUCGGAGGACUCGUGGAGUACCAUGUUUGCAUUAUUCAGUCUUUUGACAGCAGCACUUGGUGUUGGAGCGUUAAUUUAUGUUCGCUUUUUCUACGUCGACCUUCCCAAAAUAAAAGGAAUCCCCGAAAUCCCAGAUGGAGAAGCGCUGGCUGGUCACUUCUACAAACUGGGGGAUGACCAUGCUACCGCGGCCGAGUCUUGGGCUGAAAAGUAUGGGUGGCCGGUGUUCCAAGUGAGGAUGGGACAGCGACGAGCGGUGAUUCUCAAUUCCUUCGAGUCCGCCCGCGAGUGGACGGUCAAGAAUCAGUCCGCCACGCUGGAUCGACCAUGGUUCUACACAUUCCACGGAAUUGUCUCCGCGACUUCAGCCGCAACAAUAGGCACAAGUCCGUGGGACGACCGAACAAAAAAGCAGAGACGGGUGGUUGGCUCGUUUACGACAGGCCCGGCGAUUCGAGAAAUGCGGCCCAUGUUAGAUCUGGAGGUCUGUGCCAUGAUAGCAGCCAUGUAUUACGACAGCGAAAAAGGCGAGCGAGAGAUCACGCCGCAUAUCUACCAGAAGCGGUUGGCUCUCAAUAUCAUGAUGAUGUUCUGCUAUGGAACUCGGUUCUCAUCGGUCAAAGACCCCUUGCUGCUACAAAUCCUAUCCGACGCCAACACCAUUGCUAGCUUCCGCUCAACGAAAGCAAAUCCGCAAGAUUUCAUACCUCAUCUGAGGUAUACGGGCGGAAAUGGACGGAACAAGAUAGCCAAGGAAGUUCGACAGCGUCGAGACACCUGGUUGUCGACCAUGCUUGAAAACGUUCGUGGGAGCUUACCCAUGAAGCUCGGCCCGAAGAGGAAUGUGGCUGAAAUGCUCUUGACGAACAACCACGAAGGCUUGACCCAGCUGGACAUCAAGACUAUCCUCGGCGGUCUGAUGUCUGGAGGCUUUGAGACCGUCUUCUCCACGUCAAUCAUAACCAUCGGCAUGCUUUCCACACCGGCGGGUCAGUUGAUGCAGCAGAAGGCAUAUGAUGACAUUAUGAGUGUCUACCAAACUCCAGAAGAAGCCUUCGAACAGUGCUUGAGCGAAGAGAAAAGUUCGUACAUCGCCGCGCUGGUGAAGGAGGCUCUAAGGUUCUAUCCGCCGCUGAAACUGCUUCCGGCACGUCAGACGUACAAAGAGUUUGUCUAUAACGGCUCCGUCAUCCCGAAAGGUGUCCUCAUCUAUGUGAAUGCACAAGCUGCAAAUCGGGAUACAUCGGUAUAUGGUGGUGACGCCGACCAAUUCCGGCCGGAACGUUGGCUGGAGACCGACAACAACAUCCCUCCGCCUUAUCAUUUCGCGUUUGGCGCUGGCGCCAGAAUGUGCACAGCCGUGAACUUCUCGAACAGGAUGCUCUAUGCGAUCUUCCUGCGAUUGAUUGUGGCGUUCAAAAUCGAGCCGAGCAAAUCAAUGUCGGUAAACACACACUACAUCCAUUACAAGAAGGAUCCUGCCGCUGCCAAUUCCGUGGCAUCAGACUUCAAAAUCAAUCUGAUACCCAGGGACAAGGAGACUCUGGAGCGAUGUUUCGAAAGAUCAGAGCAGCUUUCAGCGGAGGCGGGAUCAAGGCAAUGUCCUGAACCUUUGAAAAGAUGA